AUGAAAUCUUGUCGUGGUUCGGAAGCUAUGUGGAUGAUAAUUUUGUACAUCUUGAUUCAUCAUGUUACUAUAGCAAUGAACAUCAUGACCAAGUCCAGCUUUCUUGACACCAACUGUCAAUUGUCAUCAACCUCAUCAUUGAAGACUUUUUACGUUCGUCCACUUUACAACACUUCCCAAGACACCAACCAGAAAAAAUGGCUUCAUUCAAUCUCUUCGGAAGAAGAACAACAACAACCAACAACAAAUUGUACUCAAGAAUUUCCGUGUCCGUCCGUUGAUGAAGCUUUACAAUUAAUUGUUCAAUUAUUUAAUUCUAAACAAAUUGAAAAAUUAGAAGGAAAAAUAAUAUUAAUGCCCGGUCUUGAUGGAAAUGCCAUAUAUGGAAAAAAUCUUUGCAAAAUUCGACAACCUGGAGAGUGUGGGCUUCCAUGUUCGAUCACAUUUGAUCAAAUUGUGAUUGAAUCAUUCGAUCUUGAUUCCAUGAUCACCUUUGAUUGUGAAGAUUUACCUCUCUUUUCAAAACUUCAAACGAACCAAAUGAUCAUGUCUCAUAUCAAUGUAAAGAAAAUGCCAUUCGUAAUGAGUGACGGACUUAUUACACAACAAACACAUUUUCAUGCAGCGAAUGUGUCACACGUUCAAAUAUAUGCAUCAUCACCUUCGUUUCCUCAAUUUCCAAAUGCUAUGAUAUUUACAAACACUGAAAUUUCAAAUUCAAACUUAUUUAUGGAUGGGUUAACGCACAUCUCUUUUCAUAACGUUUCGAUUCUGACUUGUCAGAUAAAGACUGUUGAUCCAAUUUUUAUGGAUUUUCAAUUUUCAAAAUUGAUCGAUUCUCAACUAACUCUCAUUCCCUUAUACGAUAGACUGAACAAUAAUUUAAACGUGACAUUCACAGAAUUUAUUCGAUCAGAAAUUGUGCUGACCUUUUUCAACGAAAUUAUUUUCCAAAACGUUCAAUUUUCUGAAAAGAAUCAAGUACGUGUCACCUAUUCAGAUCAUGCUUCUUUUUUCGGUAUUACAGCUCAUUAUUCACAAUUCUACAUGUUACUUCAAGGAGUGUUGCAAGUGAAAAUGCAUGAUUCAGAAUUCCGCUCAUGCCAAUUACUUCACAAUGUUAUGAUGGAUAUAUCAUCAUGCUAUUCUAUAGAAUUCACCAAUUGCCUAUUUUCUCACAAUCAUGGAGUGUUGGUACAAUUUUCUAAAGUCCUCCUCUUGUAUAUGUACGACAGUGUAUUUUCACAUAAUGUACAAGGCCCGUGUAUCAUGGGAACGAGCACCCCUUCAGAAGCAACGUCGAGUAGUCUAACACUGUUGAGUAAGUCUCGAUUUGUGAACAAUACAUGUGCCGUAGGAGGAUGUGCCAUUCAUAUUGGAUAUGUCCAAUCGAUUAAUAUCCAAGACAGCCAAUUUAUUCAAAACACAGCCACCAUGCAAUCUGGAGGUGCCAUCUACGCGAUCACUGAAAAUAUAGAUUUUGGGUUCUCACUCAUGCAACAAAACAGAGCAUUACUUUCAAAAGGAGGUGCCAUUUAUUUGAAAACUUGUCGAUCGUUGGACAAUAAUUUUGAGUUCAAUGAGUUUUUGAUCGAUGGUAUUGAUUGUGAAAAUAACACGGCUGGAUUUGCAGGUGGAUGUUGGUACUUGGAACGUGAUGAAGAUUCAAUUUCUUCCUACACUUUUUUAACUCAAAUUUCAAAGAUUCAAUCAGGAACUCGUUUUGUGAAUAAUCGAGCACUUUCUUUUGGGAAUAAUUUUGGAACCUCUUUUCAGAAUAUGACGUAUGAACUUGUACUUUAUUACAGCUCUGAAAAUGUCACAGUUUUUAAAGGAAGAAUCCACUCACAUGACUCUUUGAGUGAAAACCCUCCUACCUUGUAUAUAUACCCGGGACAAUCCAUUCCUUUGAUAGAAUUACAUUUAUGGAACAACAAAUCUGAACCCAUUUCGUUUUUAGAGUCAUCCUUAAGUUCUAUCUUGAAACGUCCUUCCAAUGUUUUCCUCAGUGAUCAACGACGACAAGACAAUGUGAAAAAUAUGCAAAUUCAUAACUUGACACUCUCAUUAUAUUCACCACAUGAUGUUCGUUCCACAAUUCAAACUGUAUUUCAAUUGGACAAUUUUCAUGAAAUUGAGCUAUUCAUUAACAUUCAACCAUGUCCUUCGGAUGCCUCUCUUCAAUUAUUGAUGUCUCCAGUGGCAGGAUCCUAUUCAUGUAUUCAAAUUACUCCAAUACCCUUUGGAGUGAUCAUUCCAGUGGUCUCUGUGGUUUCCAUCACACUGUUUUCAUUGUUUGUUUUGAGUGUAUUUGUAGUAGUGAAAGUAUUGACAAGUGUGUUGAGAAAAUUGAAACGAUUGAAACAAAAAGAAGAUGCUGAGAAACAAAUGGAAAAGAAAUUAUUGGAAAAACAUGUCAUUCUUGAGGGAGAGACGAUGGUCAAUGAGAAGAGUCAGAUUCAGAACAACAACGAACGAGAAGACGACACGUAUCAUGAAAAAACAAGUUUAUUAAUUAAUCAAUUGUCACAUUCCACACAAAAGAAGAAACAUUUAAGUUGGAUCAUUUCCAUUGAUCAAGUCAAACUCAUUCGAAGAAUUGCAGAGGGAGCCAAUGGAACGGUUUAUUUGGCUUCAUGGAAUGGAACAUUGGUGGCCAUGAAAACUCUAAAACAAUUUGCCGAAAAUCAUCCUUUCGAACAAGAGGAAGAAGAAUUUGAAAAAGAAGCUUCAUUACUUUCCUCCAUUCGUCAUCCAAAUAUUAUUCAAUUUUUUGGAGUAAUUUUAGCGGGUUCUAAAAAGUAUAUGGUUGUGGAGUUUAUGGAAAAGGGAAGUUUGGCACAAUUGAUUUAUCAAUUACGAACCGGCGCACACUAUUUAUCCAUAUUUGGUAAAAUUGAUAUUUUACUUGGAAUUGCAAGAGGAAUGAAUUAUUUACAUUCCAUGAAACCACAUGGAGUGAUUCAUCGAGAUUUGAAACCAGCAAAUAUUUUACUUGAUCACAAUAGGAAGGCAAAAAUUUGUGAUUUUGGAUUGAGUCGAACGUGGAAUUGCAACACGUCACUUGAUGAUACAGUGACCAUGAAUGUGGGAACGUUAUUUUACAUGUCCAAUGAAAUGAUUGGUGGCAGUAAUUACAAUCAAAAAACAGAUGUUUACAGUUUUGGAAUUAUCAUGUGGGAACUCUUUUUUGAAGAAACACCCUAUCUUUAUUCGAAUUCAAAAAAGUUUCCAAUGACGACAACACAAAAUCAUGACAUGUCAUCUUUCAAUGCACUUUCAAAAGUACUGAAAGGAGAACGACCACUUUUACCAUUCGAUUCGAAUGAACAAGAACAAGUACGAAAAUGGAUUUUGACAUUUCAUGGAAAAGAUGUUGUUGAGACCAUGUCGUUGGAAAGGUUGUGUGAAAUUUGUAGCAAAUACAUUCAAUUAAUGAGAGAAUGUUGGAAUGCCAAUCAUCAAGAAAGACCUACCUUUGCAGAUGUGAUUCAUCGCCUUAUGAGUUUGAUUGGAGGAGAGACUAGUGACAUGUAA